AUGACAUCCACCACCAGCAUCAACACCAGCAUCAACAACAUCACGGACGCGUCUAUCGCGGCAGAGUUCUUUGCGAGCGAGGCGGGAGGGGAGAUGUCGCUUGACGAUGGGUCAGGAUUGAGCAGGGAGGUGGAAGAGCCACCCAUGAUGAGCGGGUCACAGGACGGGGAUGAUCAGCCCAUGCGGAAGCCGCGGAAGAGAAAACUCCAACUAGCAUGCCACUUUUGCCGGCGACGCAAGCUCAAGUGCGACGGUAUCCGCCCUACAUGCGAAAAUUGCCACAAGCGGAACGAGGCGUGCCAAUGGGACGAGGCGGUGCGCCGGCGGGGUCCAGGAAAGCGGACCAAGGCUAUACGCGAUCGCGCAGCGGACGAUAUGGGGAGCGCCGGACUGCUCGAGGUCGCGGGGAUGGGCACCAAGCUCAACCUCCAGCAUAUGGACUCGGUGUACCAUGCGGAAUCAUCGUCGGUGGCGGACACGAACGCGGCGCUGAUAGCGGCGGUCACGGCUGCAGCGGCAGAGGGGGCUGGCGGGAUGGAUGCCAACUUUGGGGACAUGUCAGUGGGCGGCGGAGGGGAUGCGUAUGGCGCGCACGAAGGGCUGGAAGGGGAGGGGGAGGGGUCGCCCGAAUUGACGGCGCACACGGGCGUCUCGCAAGCUCUACCGGACGGGACGGGUCUCAAUGACACCCUCGACCCCAAUAUCGACCCAUCGCUUGCGGACCUCGGCGGCGGACCCAGCACACUCGCGGAUGUGUCCACCAGCCCCAAGCUUUCGGCAUCGCAGCAGGCUCAGCUGGCGCAACAGCUCCAAGCGUCGGGGAUACGGCAACAACAGAUCCAGGCGGCACUACAGAUUCAACGGCAACAUCAGCUCCAGCAGCAACAGCAACAACAGCAAUCCCAGUCACAUCAUACGGUACAGCAACAGCGCAAGCUGGCGGGCGUCGGGGUCGGGGUGGGCGCCAGCUCGGGCGUACAAGUCCCGACGUUUGGCGUGUCGUCCAUCAUCCAGCCAAAUUUCGGGAUGUCGCUUCAGGGAUCGUCGAGUAGCCAAGGGCUGGAUACGUCGGGCGAUGGGGUGGACGGGACAGAGGGAGUGGCGGUCGAUGCGCUGGAUUGGGACAAGGGGUACAAUUUCUCGGCGUGGCCGGAUCUGGACCUCGGGCCGACAACGCACUAG